GUUGUUAGAACCCCUGGGGGCCUAAUUUUGUUUCUAUGUUAGAAAUUCGAAGAAUAUUUGCUUUUUUUAGUGCUGACAUUGAACUUCAUCACCCAUGAGCCUUUGCGUCUCGCAUGAAAGUCACGAGGGCUGGGUGUUUCUGUCAUUAGUGAGGUGCGUGAAAACCAUGGUUUCGCUUGGCAUGUCCCGAACUUUUGACGUCCUUCUCCUGGACCUGUGGUGAGACCCGAACUCACCGCGGACGGAACCGCAGUUUGGAUCUGGAAGUUUGCGACAAUGCGCAUGACUUUCGGGGUGUCCAGCAGUGUGACGCUGCUGUUUGACGGCUGGGAUGUGCACAGCCCGGCAGGGAUGGUGCUGUCCGUGUUGCUGGUUCUGCUGCUCACGCUCUUCUACGAGGUGCUCAAAGUGUGGAGAGUGUGGCUGAGCGGCUCCCGGCUGGCCGUGCGCGCGCCUGCAUGCACGCCCCCUCCGUCCAUGCACAGUGAAAGCGCCUCCAUGCUGGAGAGCAGCCCAGAGAUCUCCCUGGCCCCCGUGGAGCUGCACGCCCCCGGCGCCACCAACAGCUGGCUGCUGCGUGUGAUCCAGACCGGCCUCCACGUGCUGCAGGUGGUUCUGGGAUACAUGCUGAUGCUGUGUGUCAUGUCCUACAACACCUGGAUCUUCCUGGGCGUGGUCCUGGGAUCCGUCCUGGGUUACUUCCUCUCCUUUCCACUCCUGGAUCAGAUGCAGCCGUUAAGACUGGUGUGAUGACGGAGGACUGACGUGGAGUUUUGUUUGAGGAUUGAUCGAGCUUAAGGAAAAGUGUGUAAGCGUUUGGAAGCUGGAAGUCUUUCUUCAGGUCUUUAAGAUUCUAAAAAAUGUUCUUUGGAAAGUUUUGACCUGCUGAUGAAGAGGAGCUGCCAGGAAAGAAGAAGAGUGUUUGAUUUCUCUGAAGCAGAGAUGUCAUGAAGACAAAGAUCUCCAUCCUUUUUUUUCCUGCGUUUUUGACAUGAAUAAAAAGGGCUUCUGAUUGUUUCA